UUUGGUGCGAUUCAUCUUCAUGACUGUUUUUGAACACAUGAGCAGCGCUUCUCGGUGCUUCACGGAGCAGAGUAGACAUACAUCAGCUGAGUCGUGCAGCGGUGCAGCGGUGCAGCGCAGCGGGGAGAAAGUAGCUCCAACCCGGCCAGACUCAGUGACGGCAGCCCCGGAGCCAGAGAGGAGGGAGAGCCGUGUCGGUGAGCCAUGGGUUUCCGCAAGAAGAACAAGAGCCCGCCGGUGCUGAGCCACGAGUUUGUGAUCCAGAAUCACGCCGACAUGGUGUCGUGCUUGGCCAUGAUAAUCCUCCUCGGCCUGAUGUUUGAGGUCACAGCUAAGUUUGCCAUCAUGUUCAUCACUGUCCAGUACAAUGUUACACAAGUUCUUGACGAGAGGAACGAGCCAGUGAACCUGUACCAGUACGGCCCGAAAGAUUUGGCCACCGUCUUUUUCUACCUGCUCAUCGCAGUCAUCCUUCAUGCCUUGAUACAAGAAUAUAUUCUCGACAAAAUGAACAGGAGGUUGCACCUGUCGAAAACCAAACACAGCAAGUUCAAUGAAUCUGGACAACUGGCUGCAUUCUACCUGUUCUCCUUCAUCUGGGGCUGCAGCAUCCUGACAGCGGAGGACUUUGCAACAAAUCCUACUUUCUUAUGGGAGGGUUACCCACACACUCACAUGGUUUUUCAGGUCAAGUUCUUCUACAUUUGCCAAAUUGCCUAUUGGCUCCAUGCACUUCCUGAGCUGUACUUUCAAAAAGUACGGAAGGAGGACAUCCCCCGCCAGCUCUAUUACAUUUGCCUUUAUGUUGUUCACAUCACUGGUGCCUAUGUUUUAAACCUCCACCGACUGGGCCUGGUGCUGCUGGUUCCUCACUACCUGGUGGAGCUCCUGUUCCACGCUUCACGCCUCUUUUACUUCAGUGAUGAGAACAAGCAGAAGGGUUUUACUUUGUGGGCACUGCUUUUUGUCAUUGCCCGUCUCCUCACUCUCACACUCUCAGUUCUGACGUUUGGCUUUGGGCUGCCCCGUACAGAAAACCAGGGCUUUUCCCUUGCAGAAGGCAACUUCAAUGUGCUCACCAUAAGGAUGACUUGUCUGGCAGCUAUCUGCCUGACGCAGGCUUGGAUGAUGUGGAAAUUCAUUAACUUCCAGUUGAAAAAGUGGAGAGAGCACAGCCAAAACCAGGCGUCAAAGAAGAAGACGGUCAGCCCGAAGAGCAAGCCUCACAAAAGGGAGCCUACAAGGGGAGGUGCUGCCAAUGGGAUUGUGAAAUCUGAGGAUAAAACAUCACCACGGGCAAGAAAAGCCAAAACUUCAUAGAAAUGAAGUAGCUGGGAUAAAAAAAACUUAGUGAGGGAGUUCUGACAAUGUGACAUUAUGUCUUUACACAACUUCAAAUUUUGUCUACUGCUCUCCAAAACAAAUGUUUAAUCGCACUAAGAAACCUUACAUAACUGUCCCUUUGGGGUUGAAACUCCUUUUUGAAAAAAGUUCAGUGUUACUGUCUGCUAGAAAUGUUUAUUAUUAAUUAUGGUUCUCUGUAGUGGCAGGGCAGUGCUGGUUUUGAUGCUUUAACAGGAUCUAGCUCUUCAAAGUGUCCUUUUGUGUAGAACUAUGAUCACUCGUCGGGUACUUUAAACAGAGUUGCUCUUCAAUAAUUUGACAUGGAAUUGGUUAACGUCACAGUACCUUUUUAAAAAAGCGAAUUUUGACUUCAGGGCAACUUAAUGUAAAGUGUUAAUGUUACUGUACAGGGUUGUUUUAAGUUUUGGCCUUAUUCAGUUCAACUCACAAAACAGGCCACUGGCUCAUGUCCCAAACUAUAGCCUUUCUUGCUCUGCAAGACAGCACUUCGUUAUUCUGCUCUUGUUUGGAAAAUAUUUUAAAUUAAUCACUCCAGAGGAAUAUUUGUGCUAUUUAGGUAUUUGGCAUAGCUGCAGCCAGAAGACUGAAGCUUUUACUGAACUUCUUGAUCAUUUACUGCCAUUGUUUGACAGCCUCUGCCUUUGAAAUCCAACAUGUUUUAGGAUUGAGGCACUUUUUAUAUUUUUAUUUGCUUUUUAUCACUAGUCUGGUAAUCAGCUUCACACUGUUAAUGGGGGCUCAUCCAGGUCAGGUGACUUACCAAGAGGAAGCUGUAUUGUAACCUGUGAUGCUGUACUGUAUGCAUACAGUUAAACCUUUAUCAUGGCAUGAUUGGAAACCUGAGCAAGAAACUGUGUUUGAGGCUGCGACUCAGUCUUUUAAAUGGUUAUAUCAAUGCAUGAUGGUUUAAGGCUUAAGACUUUAUGGCUAGUUCCUACCUGUGCUGUUGAGUUUGCAUCUCUCUCUCACACACAACUGCACACACACACACACACAAGCAUUCAGUGGCCUUUUUACAACUGCUGCAAGAGGUUUGAGUUAUUUAUUUUUGUCAUAUACUACAGAUAGUUAUUAUUUUAUAUGCUUUGAAAAGCUAUAACCAGCAAACACAGCGGUACAUAGCAACUGCGUUCAGUUAAUCCAAACAAAGUGUCCUUAUAAUGUCAGUGGUUUGUAUCACUCGUUCUGCUUGUGUUGACUUCUGUUUGCCUUCUCUGUUCGCUUUUUUAUUCUCGGGUAUCAGGGGACAAGCUAUUCACCACUUACACUAUAAGUUGUAUCCCAUGGUGCAAUGGGAGGUGUGUUUGUUUGCCUGUUCACUUGUGUGCGUGUGUGUGCGUGUGUGUGCAGUAUUGUUUAGCCUUCUGUGUAUUUUUGUGAAUUAACUGGGCUUGAAUGAUGAUGAUGAUGAUGACAACGAUGUUUAUUGCUUGUCUUUAAAAAAAAAAAUGCCUGUGUGCAGAGCAUGAAAUGUGACAAUCUGUUUAUUGGUUGUGUUUCACAAUCAUAUCUCGUCCCUUAGUUCACUUUGGUUGGGCCCGUCUCAGUUCCCAACACACUUGUGUGUGUGUGU